GAGAGAGAGAGAGAGAGAGUGCGUGGGCAAAAAUCUCUGCGGGGUUUAGGCACGUAUCUAGCAGCGGUUUUUUCUUCUCUUGUUUUUCUCGUUCUUCUCCUUUUCUUUUGUGCCUCCGCGCCCGCCUGCUUCUCGUCCCUUUCUUGCUCCAACGAUAAAAGCCACGUUCCUCUCUUUCUCUUUUUGACUCUCUCUCUCUCUCUCUCUCUCUCUCUCUCUCUGUGGAGGACGCAGACAGUCAGAAGCGACGAGAAACCCAGAUACAGUUUAUCUGGUUGACCAGACAGAAGGAAGCUUUUGGGAACGCCCAUGGUCGGGACUUUGCCGUUGCCGGCGUAGCACCAUUUGUGUGCGUCUCAUUCCUUCUCAGAAGCACAUAUUUGAUACUUUAUUGUUGUAUGGAACAUGGCGAUAAAGAAAUGGGCACACGAUCUGUUUGGGAAGUGCAGUUGCUUCCCGGUUUUAUCACUAAUAGAAACCGCAAACUGGAGAUUCUUUCGGAGCAAGCUUCUGCCAGCCCUAUCUCUACUAGUCAUUGUUUUCUAUGUGGGAAGUACUUUCGUUGUUUCUGAUUCUAAGGAGAGCUUCUCAAGGUGGGGAGUUUUUGGUGCCUUGAAAGAUUCAGAAAGCAAAUGCAAGGUUCAGUGCCGAGUUCAUGGAACUGAGUCAUUGCCUAAAGGUAUAGUGAGUGCAACCUCUAAUUUGGAAAUGCGGAGAUUAUGGGGUACUUCAAAAGAUCAGAUGAAAAGAAGGGAACACUCUAAGAAAAGUUUGUUGGCAAUUGCUGUUGGUAUAAGGCAGAAGAAAAAUGUCGAUCGCAUCGUUAAGAAGUUUCCUCCAAGUAACUUUACAAUAAUGCUCUUUCAUUAUGAUGGUUUUGUCGAUCAAUGGAGGGAUCUGCAAUGGAGUGACAAUGUAUUGCAUGUCUCUGCAGUCAACCAAACCAAGUGGUGGUUUGCUAAGCGGUUCUUGCACCCAGAUGUAGUUGAUGAAUACAAUUAUAUUUUCCUUUGGGAUGAGGACCUUGGAGUUGAACAUUUUGAUCCUGUGAACUAUUUGUCUAUCGUGGAAAAAGAAGGGCUGGAGAUAUCUCAGCCGGCACUAGAUCCUUCUUUGUCAGAGGUGCAUCAUCGAAUUACUGUGCGUGUGAAGAAGUCGAGGGUUCACAGAAGGACAUACAAAAAUCGCGGUAACGGAAGAUGCUACUGGAACAGCACCGCUCCACCAUGUACUGGUUGGGUGGAGAUGAUGGCACCUGUGUUCUCAAGAGCUGCCUGGCGUUGUGCAUGGUACAUGAUCCAGAGUGACUUAAUUCAUGCUUGGGGCCUGGACAUGAAGCUUGGUUACUGUGCGCAGGGGGACCGGAGCAUAAAUGUUGGGGUUGUUGACAGUGAAUAUGUAGCUCAUCUUGGCAUACCUACACUUGGCGGCUUGGAUGAAAAUAGGAUGUCGCGGGAAGAAGAUGGUCGGUCUUCUCGCUCGGAAGGCAGUGCACGUUCAGCCAAAAGGGGUCGAGAGGUCUCCCUUAUGAACCGUGAAAGGGGUGAGGUCAGAAAGCAGUCUUACAAUGAACUGGAGAUCUUUCAGGAGAGAUGGGAAAAAGCAGUAAAGGAUGACACUUGCUGGAACGAUCCAUAUCCACAGACCACAAACAGAAGCAGGGCCUUCUAGCAACUAAUACAAAAUUGUUUUCCAUAAUGUAUAAUGUAUGUAUAUUGUAAUUUAUUCUUUUGCAUUAAUGUCAAUUUUUGAGUGAA